AUGCCUUCUCGACGCGGCUCAGGUCGCGCCUAUCGACGUGUCUGUAACCCGGAUGAAUUCCCUACCGUGCAGCUGCUCUUGCUGGCUAUCGUCCGUCUGGCCGAGCCGAUCGCACUCACAUCUAUUUUCCCCUAUGCCUUCCCCCUCGUCAAGCGCCUCAAUGUCGGCAACGAGGAAGACGCCUCGUUCUAUGCCGGCCUGGUCAUCUCAGCCUUCUCCUUCUUCGAAGCCCUGAUGGGUAUGUACUGGGGCGCUGUCUCUGACCGAGUUGGUCGCAAGCCUGUGCUGCUCCUUGGUUGCAUGGGCACUAUGUUCAGCAUGUUGCUGGUCGGUUUGGCCAACAACAUUUGGGUUGCCCUGCUUGGACGUGCCAUUGGCGGCUUCCUGAACGGCAACAUUGGUGUCAUCCAGACCAUGGUUGGUGAGUUGGUUAUCAAGCCGGAGCAUGAACCCAAGGCCUACUCCAUCAUGCCGUUCGUCUGGUCGCUGGGCACAAUUAUCGGCCCCAUGAUCGGUGGACUCUUCGCCGACCCACAUGACUCAUGGCCGAAGCUCUUCCCCUCUGGCUCGCUCUUCGCCCGCUUCCCUUACCUCCUGCCCAACCUCAUCUGCGCGGGCUUGCUGGCUGUCAGCAUCCUCCUGGGCUACUUCCUGCUGGACGAGACCCAUCCGGACAAACAGCCUCGUGUCCUGCUGCCCGACGAUACGUACCUCUCUGAGAACACCCCGCUCCUCGAAACCUCCGACGCGUUGAAGCGCCCAGCUGUCGAUCUGCGCGAUGAGAACUACGGCAGUGUGCGUGAGCGCAUCACUCCCAUUCCACCUGCUCCGAAGGUCGACGAUGACAUGGUUCCCACGAUCUGGACGAAGCGGAUUAUGGCUAUCAUCAUUUCCCUGUCGAUAUUUACCUAUCAUUCCAUGACUUUCGACCAUCUACUGCCUAUUUUCCUGGAGGACCCGCGUUCGCACGCCAGUACAACCGCCUACUCGGGCUCUCUCUUUUUUGCUGGAGGCUUAGGCCUCUCCCUGCACACUGUUGGCCUUAUCAUGGCUGUGCAGGGCUUUAUCGCGCUGUUCACUCAGGCCGUCAUCUUCCCGCUUGCAGCAUCCUAUUUCGGGAUCUAUCAGCUCUUCAUCCUCGUUACGGUGUUCCAUCCCGUCGUCUACCUCUCCGUCCCGCCGCUCGCGCUCAUCCCAGCUGAGAGCACAUUCUUGCUGCACACUGCUAUCUACGCGAUGCUCGUCCUGCGCAAUCUGCUUGGCAUUCUUCUCUACCCGCUGCUGCUCAUCCUGCUGAAGGAUGCCACUCCCUCAAGCAAUGUGCUGGGAAAGGUCAACGGCCUGGCGGCUAGUGCUGGUGCUGCGUGCAGGAUGGUUGCUCCUCCUGUCGCCGGCAUGCUUUAUGCGAUGGGCAAGAAGAGCGGUUGCACGCCGCUGGCGUGGUGGGCGAGUGCCCUGGUUGCGUUAGUUGGCUCGGUGCAGUGCUUCUGGGUUCCCAGAGAGAGGCGCGAGACGGAGAAGGAGGCGGCUUAA